UGAAGAAUACGGGCCGUCCGUUAAUGCGAGUCCUCUUCUACCGUCGGAUUACAGCUGUGGCGGCACGCAAAGCGGUGAUUCUCCAGCCAUAAAACGUCGAAUAAAACCAAACGUUCGUAUUCCGGUAACAAAAGGCAGCGUACAUUAUCCUCCAUCAUGCCCAAACAAAGCGCCACCAUGAGUGGACUGCAAUGCCUCGCCACAGAGAACAUCUGGUUCGACAAACAGCGCUACGAUGAGGCGGAGAGGCGUUUCUACGAGGGAGUCAAUGGCCCCUCCUCACCACAGCAACAGGUGAAAACAGCCCUGCAGCAGGCCAAAGGGCGCCAGCAGAAACGGCAGCACAGAAACUCAUCCUCACAUGCCGGUGGAGACCAAGAGCUGGUUUCACGCAUGAAGAGCCUGGAGCUGGAGAACCAGACUCUGCACAAAGUGGUGCAGGAGAUGAGAGCUGCCCUGCAGAAGCUGGAGUCCAGAGUGCUUAUCCUGGAAAAGAGCCCUGUAGCAGCAGCUGUCCCAUGUGCUAAGGCUGCUCCAGUCCAGGCUGCUCCAGUCAAACAGGUGAAGGUGGAGAAUGGCGAUGAUGACGACGAUGACAUAGACUUGUUUGGCAGUGAUGAUGACGAUGAGGAGGCAGCACGCAUUAAGCAGGAGCGCGUGGAUGCCUAUGCUGCCAAGAAAGCUAAGAAACCUGCCCUCAUUGCCAAGUCAUCCAUCCUCCUGGACGUGAAGCCUUGGGACGAUGAGACAGAUAUGGCACAGCUGGAGCAGUGUGUGCGCUCAGUGCAGAUGGACGGGCUGCUGUGGGGAGCUUCCAAGCUGGUACCAGUGGGCUACGGCAUCAAGAAGCUGCAGAUCAACUGUGUGGUCGAGGAUGACAAAGUUGGAACAGACAUCCUGGAGGAGGAGAUCACCAAGUUUGAGGACUUUGUCCAGAGCGUAGAUGUUGCUGCCUUCAAUAAGAUCUGAGCUCCACCAGCACUUUUCUUGCUUCACCAAAGUGUUGCUGCUGCUCCCGGCUUGUACGGUUAAUAAAGCUAAGCUUUGAGCACAAA